CAAGGAAACCCCGUAUCUACUGGUUUUGAUGGAGAUGAUAUGUGAGGAGAGAGAGAGAGAGAGAGAGAGGCAGAGAGAGAGUGGAGCUAUAAAAGCAGCCAAGCGCAGCGUUUUGGAGAAAUCGAGAUUAAGAAAGAAAGAAAGAGGACUGAGCUUCACUCACUGCCCGGUGCGCACCACACACUCCUGGAUCCACACGCAGACGCAGCGCGACACAGCCAUGAGUGAGAGACAAGCAUUCGGAGCGACAACUGGGAACAGCAAACCAGCGGCUGGCCAAGGGCGUCAAGGUCGACCAAAGGCUCUGCCCAAAAAUGACAAGAAGAACGACCUGCCAGAUGACUUCGACAUCGACAUGGAGGCCCCGGAGACGGCAAAGGCUGCUGUCACCAUCCAGUCGCAGUUCAGGAAAUUCCAGAAGAAGAAGCAGGAUGUGAAGUCGUAGAAAGAACACUGUUAGCCGCGGCGUCACCUGAUUUGAGCCUGGGUUUUUUUUGCAUGUCAACCAAACUGCACUGUCUGAAUGAAAGUGAGAAGGAGGGAGGGAGGGGGAGUUAGAGAGGGAGGGAGGGGUUUAAAACAAUAUAUCCUUGUGAAAGUCUUUGUGUAUCAUUUAUAACCUGGAAUGACGAGUAUUAUACAAUAAUGUUUCUUAACCAAAAUAGUGAGUGUAUGUAUUUAAAACAUUCCUAUAAUUGUACUUUUUUUUUACCUGAAUAGCACUGCAGUGUAUCUGACACUGCUGUUUCAGUGUAAUACACACAUUCAAAACACAACUUUGACCUUAAUUCAGGGGCGAGUUCAAGCCAUGUGCAUUUCAUCUGCAGCCCGAGCCAAGCGCUGUCACCUGCUCAAGGUGUUUCCCUCCGACCGGGUAAAAGUGCCUCUGUGCUUUCACACUGUAUUGGCUGACACGGUCUAGUUGUUGUCUCUGAUUUGUUGCUGUUGGUUGAGCUCCUUUUCCUUUGUGUGUUUUUAGCAGAACCUCACAUCUCAGUUCUCUGUGUCCUAGUAGAAAAAUCUUGAUGUCGUGUUUGUGGUUUGACUUCAGUUGUGCUUCGAUCAUUGUUUGUGUUCCGCUGUACACACACACACACACACACACACUUAUGCAUGCAAACACACACACAUGCAGCGAAAUAAAUAAAAGUGUUACAUAGAAGUGUACACGGAU